AGCGCCCCCGGGCGCCGCCGAGCGGCCGCCGAACGCUCCCCGCCUCCCGCAGUUCACGCUCGGACCGCGCACGAGCGAGCACGUACCGAAUGCGUGUUCGCGCGCUCUCCACCGCCGCAAGCAUUCAUAUUUCAAACGCGUAAACAAUCUGUGACAUCUUUCAACAUUGACAGUGAAAAUCAAAAUGGCUGAAGUGGAAUGGACGAACGAUUUGGUUAUUCGUUUGAUAAACGAAUAUAAGAAGCGGCCCGAGCUGUGGGACACGCAGCAUGAGCUGUACAGAGUGCCGACGGCUAAAUACGAAGCGUGGUCCGACAUGGCGAUCGAGUUCGAGUGCGACAUAGCGGACUUGCGGAAGAAACUGAAUUCUGUGUUCGCUUCGCACCGGCGGGAGAAGGGGAAGGUGCGGUGCGGGGGGCGGAGCACGUGGUUUUUGUACAAAUACUUGAGUUUUUUACCCAAUCAUUUGGACUCCGCUGAAGAGAAUGUCACUAUUCAUAUACCGUCGGUGGAGGUGAAAACCCAGAGGGAAGAGUCCGAGCACUCCUCCGACAACGAAUACGGGAACCUCCACGAGGAGAUCGUCAUCAAGCAGGAGCCCGUCGCCGACCCUGAGUACAAGAAGAGGAACCGCCACUCCAAGCCCCGGCUGACCAAGCCGAUCAGGAGGCGGUUCGUUGAGAAGGUGUCCACAACGGCCAGCAAACUCGACAGCAGACUACUAGAAACCCUUAGGUUGCUGAGAAGGUCUGAUUUGUCCAGGAAAAAAGACGAAUGCGACAGCUUCGGAGAGUACAUAGCGGAUUCCUUAAGAAAACACGAAGAUAAAACACAGUCUAUGAUUAAACAGGCCAUAAACAACAUCCUAUUCGAACAAGAGAUGAAGAAGUAUAAUACAAACCAGUACACUGUGGUCAUCAAUGGCUGCCUCGACGAGAACCCCCUGACGUUGGACCAAGAUGACAAAUGAUACCUAAUGAGGUAUGGACCGCAAUUCCUUCGUAAGCUCGAUCGAGUCGAAUUACUUAGCGCAAGAUAAAUUGGUCCGUAUUAAUAAGGCACGAUUUAGCUUGCGGUAAGAUUGUGCUCAAGCAGCAAGUUAGUAAGCAACUGAAUGUUUAAUUGAUACUGAGUUUUUGUAUAUUCCAGUAAUUUUAUUAUUGUUGUUGUAUCUUCUUUUGACAUCAACUUGUGUUUAUAGUAUGGAGAUGGCACUAAAACUGAUUUGCUUACAUAGUCACCUACUUGAUAACUUCACUAUCAUUGGAAUAUUCGGAAAUAAAUGUUAGUAUCAUAAGUGUAACAAAUUCUGACGAAGAAUUACUUUAAUUUGAUUACUAGAUUAUAAGGUCACCUAGUUAGUGUUAUAAAAUUGUUUUUUUUUAUGGACGACUUGUGCAAGAUUGUGAUAGUUUCGCUUAUUUGUAAUUUGACUGAAAAGUUGGUCAGAAUUGACCACAUUUUUAUUAAUAUUAGAACUGACAAAGUUUUAUUAAAAGCAAAAUUCUACUGUUUAAAAAAGUUGAGUAGCGUACCUACUUGCAUUUUAUGUUAUUCUUUAGUUAGCAUUCUAGGUCUGUCUACGCCUACGGCUAGGUCUUUCCUGCUGUUCCUAGGAGCAAGUUGACAUUUCUGUCGGACCGCCAUUUACUAACAAUAAUAUUUGUAUCUUACCUAAACUACAUUGUGAUCGAAUAAAUAUAGUAUGUAUAGUAAGUACAACAUAACAAGUGACACUUGUUUAUAAAUAUUUAUACACUGUCCAACUUAAAUAAGAAAAGUAUAGAAAAAGCGCCAUAAAUACUCUUACCUAAUUGUAUUAGUAUUUUUUUACUACUAGAAAGACAGCAUGAAAAUAAUCUUUGUUAAUAUUACUGUAAAGUUAACAGGCAGUUAACUAAACCAACUAAUUUGUUUGAUUUUGCAUGACAUACAAUUUUCUCGACAUCCAUUUUUUUUUCUACGUUGACAUUUGAAUGUAUGAAUAAAUACAAAUUAUCUAUAUAUU